CUCCAACUCAAUGAAGGACGUCAAAUCCACGACUGCUCCAAUUCCAGCCCUCCCGCCCGCGCGCCUGUACCAUGGCCAUGAACGAGGCCUACUACCGACCCGCGCUGAAGAGCAGCGUCGAUAUCCAGCUGCAGACGGCAUUUAGCGACGGCAACUGGCCCACCGUCGUGCGCCUGGCCGACAAGCGCGCAAAGGCCCUCAAUGACCCGUACUAUGAAGUCGUCAAGACCUGCGCAGAGUCCAGGCUCGAAGGCCCGCUCGAGAGAUGCGCUGCUCUCAUCCUGAUGGACUCGCUCGUCAGAGCCGGCACCGCCCCCAAGGAGGCUGAGGCGCUGGAGCUCCUCGAAUGGGCAUGUCGCGACAUACGAGGUUCUUUCAACUACUCCGAGACCCUCGGGACGCUGAGGGCCCGCUGGGUGAAGGCGAACCCGCGAAGCCCAGCUGCCCCGCUGUCUCUCCGCGCCUGCAUUCAGAACUGGGACCUCGUCAAUGCGCAGCAGAUUGCUGCAAUCCUGGACAAAUCGUCCAGCUCCCCUUCGCAGCGUCACUACAUGUACUGGAGCAUUCUUCUGACCUACAUGCUUUCUACAAGUGAUGAGCAUUGCCCAAAGGAGAAGCAAAAGAUUUAUAGCAUGCUGGCAAUGCGACAACUAGAAAGAGCUGCCGAAACUACCGAAACGACUCCAGCUGCAAACGCUGACGGUGUCGACGGCAAAAGCCUUGACCGCGGUCUGCGAACAGACGAGGAGGUGGUGUUCUACUACCGUUUGCUUGCUUCCCACGGCCCACCCGACGAUUUCUUGAAACGGAUGCGAAGUCCCACAUUGGGUGCGCUGAAGCAGUUUGACCAAGGACGCAAACAUCUCCUUCUCGAAGCACUUCGCGUAUUUGAAAGCCGCGGACAAUGGGAAGCCGUAUUCGAGUUUUGUCUUCAUGCACUGCAGAGGAAGGAAAAUGACGGAUCACCAUCCUUCCUUGCUGCCGACUGGGUCGUAUGGCGGCUCUUCAUCGCUGCCGCGGCCAGGGUUCCGAACCAAGACGAGGCAUUUGGCAAAGUUCAAGACCUGUUGAGCACGUUUGCCGACGCGGUCAAAUCGAGGAAGGUCUCGCCAAUGUACACGAAGAACAUUGGCCUGGCUUUGGUUCAACUUGCCUUUCAGCUCCCCGAGCACGGGCUGGAACCCCAGUUUGACGGUCCAGCAUCAGCUACCCCGCGAGUGGUUCAACUCGCGCUGUUCUUGGAACAGCACGGCCGUGAAAUCUCCGCCAUGGACGACGUCAAAGCAUACGUUGAGCAGCUGAGCUUUCCAGAAGCGCGGUAUCUCGUCGACGAUGUACUGAUGAAGCGCAUAUUUUCCAAGAAGCCGUCAUCUGAACUCUCCGCUCUCUACGUCAAACUUCGCUACUUCCUGACCAGUUGCCCUCAGACCCUGGCCCAUGUUCCAAGUGUGGCAGCCUCGGGACAGAUACAGUCGAUUCCACGUUGCAAAUACUGCUCGGUCGCAUGCGCCGGCACCGAAUGUCAUGGCUGUCUUGCCAUCAUUGCCGGCCUCGCCCUAGACUUGUACGUCGAAAACGAAAAGAAGGCAGAUCAGUCCCAGCAAGAGUCAGACCGCGUUCCGAACGUGGAGCUGGCCCUUGUUGUCGCCAUGUGUCUGUUGAAGCUAGCUGGCUUCCGUCCGGGCUUUAUGCGUCAACCAAGACUGCAAAAGACCAUCACCCCACUGGUUCUGCAGGCCGUGGCAGUCUUGGACACGCAGCUGGAGAAGACACCCAACCAACCACCACUGCGCCUUUUCCUUGCACAGCUGUAUCUCCUUCUCGGGUGCGCUUCGCGCGCAUACGAAGUAUGGAGGCCCCUCGGAGUCAAGCGAACUAUACAUGAUGCUCUCAGUCCACUGCUCUUCGACAGAAUAUCCACCAUCUCGCCGGGCCUGUUUGCUGAACCGAAGCCCUUGAUGGAGUCAUUGCGAAUGCAUUAUGCGUAUUCCCUCAAAGAUCCAUCACCAGUCAAGAUAUGGGACGCUUUCGACUCUGGGAGCUACAGCUCAGUGUUGGAGGUGACCGGUUACUGCGACAAGCUCCGCCGCAGCUGCACACUCGUCAUGGCAGUUGUCGAAGAGCGUCGUGCGGCACGGGCCCUCGGUGGAAGACAAGACGACCUGGAUGACAUCCCCUUCCUCGAUGGCAUCUUCGACGACACUGAGCUGGUCACGACGAUAGACCAUGGAUCUAUUCCAGACUUUGAGUCAUCGCUGACACCACGGCUUGCCCAAUCACUCGGCGUCGGCCCGCCACCAUCGAACACGCGAUCCCACCUGUCUCUGCUAGGGGAAGAGUUCCUUCAGCUAUGCGCCUUCGCCCCUUCGAAGGACUUUAAACCCACAAAACCCAACGACGCAGCAGACCACGACUUCGUCUACGUCAGCGAGAGACUGAUUGCGGUGCACGAGAGUCUCACUAGAUUCAUACACCUCGAGGACACGACUUUACUCCUCACGAGCGCCGAAGAGUCUUACUAUAAUGCAUUGACUCUGCUCUCAGGCGCUAUGAUGAUCAGCCUCGUCACCGUGCGCGGUGAGGAGAUGCCGGUAUCCUUUGGCGCGAGCACUACGGCCUUGAAAACCGCCAUGGCUACUCUUCGGAAUGCGUUGCUGCCCCGGGAGGCUUCGCCAGCCGAUACUGCGCCAGUCAAACAUGUAACAUUGGGACAACUGAGUGAUCCGCACACGAUGGCUAUGCUACGUGAAACCGCUUUAGCGGUAAGACUAGGAGCGGCACUGGUCCUUGGGUAUCACGACAGCCAGAUGGCUCGGGACCGCACGGGAAAGACGAGUCUGCAUAAGGAUGCAGUCGCCGAGAUGAAGGUUCUUGUCAAACUCGCGUUCCAGAUUCUGGACGACAUCAAGGAGAGGAUCAAACUGAUCAAGUCGGAGCUGGCAGAACCAACUUGGAAGGACCGAGUUAUUCAAUGGACAUACGGCGAGGGUGAGGACGGCGCCGGACAAGAGCCAUCUAAGAGCGUAUUCGAAACCAUCGGCGGUCGUACUGCCGUUGAGGCCUGGGCUGGCAAGGUCGUCGAAAGCUGGAGGGAAGGGAUCAAGGGAUGGGGCAUGGUCAAGAUGGAGUAGAAAUCGGCUAGUGUCGAUGUUGCGCUAGCAAGCAACGAGAGAAAAUAAGACGGAAAAAUUGGGAAAGAUAUUGGAAAGCAACCAAACCCCUCCAGUGUCUGGAAAUCGCCACAUGCGCCAUAAGUUCCCAUGCCAUGCCAUGCUAU